AUGGCCACUACACCCGACGCAACGGUCUACAAAGCCACUGGCAAUAAGAUAGAGAACCAGGUUCAAGGUAUUGCGGAUCAUCUCCGCGAGGCACUGGAUGCGAUUAUCGACCUCCCAAAAGCUUCACAAGUUAUCAAAACCCAUCAACACACCAACUACAAAAACCCACUAACCAAAGCUAACAGUAGCAACAAACACCAAAUUACCAGCACAUACCUACGCCAAUAG